ACUCACAAAAAUCCUUGAAAAUCAACCUUCAGAAACAGCGCUCUCAAUAGUUUUCUACGCGUUUUCACCAUAAGGCUUUUCUGUGAGAACAAAGUAUAUGGUUAUCUUCAAACUUUUAGUCCCUUGUUUUGUUAUUAGGUAUUAAAAUGUCAAGUGUGUCGAUAUUAUGAUCGUAAAAUUGCUGUUAGUAAUUUUGUUUAGUCAAACGCUUAAUAUAAUAUUAGGGAACGUAAGGAAGACUUUUCAAUGAAGAGUUUGUUAUCCAGACGUAGUUUAUUCUAUGUGAUACUUGUUGUAUUGUGAUAAUGAGUAGCUGACAAUUUUGACUUUCUCAGACAAUUAUUAUUCUGUCAUAGCAGUCGAAGUAAAAAAAAAAUGAAAUCAAAGUAGCAGCAUAAGUACAAAACCGAAAUAUUACCUAUCUUUUUUGUUUUCUUUAAAUUCAACCAAUUAAACGAUAUUUUCCACUUAGCUCUGUAGAUUACUGUGGAAAGAAGUUAGGGUGAUCUAGUUUUGGUGUGCACUAAAACGUUGAAUGUCAACUUGUUUCUGGUUUAUAUGAACGGAUAAGACGUCGUUAGAUCUUGAAGACCAUCACAAGAACUCGGAACUUUCAUUAGAGUGGGUUUAGCUUCUAGCACUUGCGACGUUAAGGGUGGCACAACACCAAUUAAAUCCAAGUUAGCAGCUAUGGGAUUUCUGUUAACGAUUCCUUCAUCUAUAUGAUGUUGAAUCUUUAUUAAAUUAUAGCCGAUAUCGGUCAAUUGUUCAAACGUUACUCUUUUUUUAAUCCUGACUUCUAAAACGGUCUCCUAGAAAAUCUGAGUAUUUCUGAACCAUAUGUAUGCUCGAGAUUUCACAUGGGAAUUUUUGGUAGGACUCUAAUUUAUAGACGAGCCGAUCAGAAGCGUUUAUGGAAUUUCAAGGUCACGGCGCUAAGUUCAGUGCGAGAUGCUCACAUUCGAUCGUUUUACAGCAGAUUUUAGAGAAUAGGUGAUUGUUGAGAGACUACAGCAGAUGGGAAUAUUAAGAAGUUCCUGUGUCUGUGACUGCGGCAAUUAAAUGACCGCAGCACGAUGUGCAGACUGUCGCGAUGACAUUGUAUCUCGUUGUACUAUAUGUUGUAGAAAAAAAUCUGCUCGAACUGGCACUUUUUUUGCCCGGUCACGGCUAAGGCUAAGACAAACCUUGAUAAUCGUUGCAAAUUGGAUCAUAAAGUCUCCAGUAACAUUAGCUGCGGCUAUACCGAUGAUUGGAAAGCGUAUAGAUGCCUCUCGAGACUUGGUUUUGUGCAUCAUGUGGUGGUGCACAAACGUCAUUUCUUUGAUCCAACGACGGGGGGUCCAUACAAACAACAUUGAGGGCACGUGGUCUAGGCUGAAGUAUUUUUUAAGACCCUACCACGGCUCCAGAGGACGAUUAUUAUGGAGUCAUAUGGACGAGUUCUUAUACCGCAUGCACUAUGAUUUCAAAACUUCUGGACCUAUAUCAAACCUCAACAAGUUCUUAAAUAAUGUAAAAGAAGAAUAUCCAUUGUAAUUCAUCACUUUUUUAUUAUAUAUUUUCACUUCAUACUAACUCUUUUCUGAUUGGCUAAUGUCCUCAAGGUCACUUAAAAAUUCGUUCAAAGGUCGUCCAUAAAGUAGAGUCACCGAAUUUUUAGAGUUCAUAUAGUUUUGUGUAAAUCACUUAUUUUGCUUAUUAAUUAAUCCAUUUUUCAAGACUUCAACGUCACCCAACAAUAUACCUUAGGUAUACAAUUAAGAUUUCGGUGAUCUUGGUUUUAUUGACGUAAACGUUUUAAUGUUUGGAACUUGGAAUGAGAUCUGUGUUUUAGAAACAAGGACAAAGGCUUGGGACUGGGAUCUCCUGCUACUGUCAAAAUUAAGAUUCAGUUUUAGGGUAAAGAUCUAUGUGUAGGAUUUGAGAUUCAGGGUUUGCUUUUGGGUAGAGGUAGACCAGUCGUAAAACCUGUUCUCUAUAUUAAACCUCAACAUCCAACUUUGAAUCCUAACACCGAAUUCAAAUUCUGUCCCUAACUACUAGAUCGGGCUGGUUCUCAGUACAACCCUUAAACCUUAUAAAUUUUAUUUGAAUUCGAGUUAAAAGUUAUAUGAAAUUUCUAAAAGUUGAUUGGUGAUUUAAAAUUUACACUGCAAAUUAUUCCAUUUCUACAGUAAAUCACUCAUGUUUUUAAUGGUUGAACGCGAUUGGGAAUAUAUCAUGUUCAUUUAAAUUUCAUUGGAAAAACCUUAGACCUAAAUAUUAUAAGCGUCAACGUUACAUUAGACUUUCAAUGUUCUUUGCAAUAUACUAAAUUUUGGUGUUUAGGAGGUGUAUUACGCAGUCCUCUAACACUAAGUUUAAGAUAGCUUACUGCCUCCGAGUACGUCUCAAUAGCACAUUUUUCUUUACUUAUUAUUAUUUACACUCAUAACAUCAAUGAAGUCUCUACAAAAGUAACCUUAUCUUUUCACUUGCAUGACGUGAUUGGUGAGUAUGAAUUACGCACUUCCUAUAAUUUUCACAUAGUUAAAGCCUGUUAUGGUAUGGUAUUUUAUCCUGUGGAAAUAUUUUACAGAAUUCCCGAAGAAGACUUCUAAAUCCUGAUGGAGAGGUUUAUUCAAAGCAAAAUUUAUUUUAGUCUUCAUGUGAUAUGUCACGGUAAGAAAAUUUACAAUCUUUGCAACUUCGAAAUAUUCUAGGUAAACAUUUUGCGACAGAACAUAGUCACUAGAUAUUAUAUCUUGUACUUUAAGACUAAUUACCAUACUUCGUGUUUUUAACAUGAGUUUGUACUUAUUUUUGUUGUCAUACAUAUUGGUUAAAUUCUGCCUCAAAAGUUAACAUAAUUUAUAUAUUCCAUAUAUCCCGCCAUACAACUAAGUGUAGUGUGGAGAUUAUAUGAUUUUCCACCUCACUCUUACUCUUUAUAUCGCUGUGCUUAUUUACACAUUUUUGAAGUUCUAUAACCUUCAGAUACAAAUUUUCCAUUUUAGAUUCGUAAAGUAGAUGAGUAAUUAUAUGGGGAUCUUGACGAAAAUUAGUGUUUAUGAAUGUCUCCUUCUACUUGGCAUAUAUUCAUUUGGUCUUUUUAUAUUUAUGAGUGGUCUACUGCCGAAUGACCCAGCUACAAAAGUUGACAAAAUUGGGGAUAUAGAAGAAACAUAUAAGAUUGAUAAAUUUGUCAUGAUCGUAGUUGACGCAUUAAGAGUAGACUUUUUGUUUUCACCAAAGUACUCAGAAAAUUGGGUCAAACUUCGUUCGUAUAUGAAUCUCAAGUCGGCCACAUGUUCUGCUUCAAUUGUUCAACCCCCUACUGUGACACUACCGCGAAUAAAGGCAAUCGUCUCAGGGAGAAAUCCGAAGUUUGUUGAUAUUUUGCACAACGUAAAUGCAGAAACUAUGGUUGAUGAUAAUUGGGUAACUCGUUUGGUAAAUCAUCAAUGGAAAAUUCAAUUUUAUGGGGAUGAUACUUGGAUAAAGCUUUUUCCUAAAAGCUUUCAGGCCUAUGAAGGCACAAAUUCUUUCUACGUUAAUGACUUCUAUGAAGUAGAUGGAAAUGUAACACGUCAUAUCUCGACAUUGAUGACUACACCUGAUACAUGGGAUGGUCUUAUUUUGCAUUAUUUGGGGUUGGAUCAUAUUGGACACAUUGAAGGACCUAAGGGAUCUAGCAUCCCUAAAAAAAUUCGUGAAAUGGAUGAAGUUAUUCACAGCAUACUUGAAGUAUUGAUGAACUCUUCAUCAAUUAUCAAUAAAAAUUGGUUGUUUAUUUUAACAGGCGAUCAUGGAAUGAGUGAUAAAGGCAGUCAUGGAGGCUCUACAACUGGUGAAAAAACAACUGGCCUUUUUAUGCUUGGAUCUAACUGGAAUAAAACAAAUGAUCACUUAACUGAGAACACAUGUGUAACAACAAAUCUAAAACAGUUGCCACAAACGCAACAAGUUGAUUUAGCCACAUUAAUCGGAUUAAUUACGGGAGUUGGUAUACCAGAGAGAAGUUUAGGCGUUCUAUCAUCUUCAUGGUUGUAUAAUUUCUGGUCAACAAAUUAUGAUCGAUUAAAAGUGCUAUAUAUGUUAAUGCAACAAAUUGGUCGUUUAUCUGGUGAAUGUGUAUUUUCAUUGAAGUCAUAUCAUAAAUUUGAGCAUAAAAAUUGUAUAUCAAGUGUAUGGAGUCAAGAACGAACUACGGAAUAUAACAUUUUGCUAAAUGGAAUUAUCACUUGGUUACAUUGCCAAAACACUCAAGGAAAUUCAACUAAUGAAUUCAAGCAAAUUGAUUGUGUAAAAUCGGGUUCUCGUUUAAAAGGUGAAAAACUAAUUACUGAUACAGUUAACCUACUUAACGGUAUACAAUCAGAAUCUUUGUCAAAAGUUGAACAUUUAAAUAAUAAAAAAAUGAUAUUUGGCGGUAUUUUAAUGUGGAUUGUUACCUUACUGCUGUUUCACAAGAUUCUCAAUUCAGUUAUUUACUCUUCCGAUACCAAAAAUCCUUUGACAAACAGAAAAAAUCAAAAAACAAUAAUUCAGUAUUAUUAUUCGGAUGCAGCUGAUUUGAGUUAUUCAUUUGAUCCAUUAUUAGUUCAAAUUAUCUGUUGGUUCGGCACAAUUUGCUUAGUUCUACAUUCCAUCAGUUUAGCAUCAAGUAGUUGGGCUGAAGAAGAACAUCAAUUAUGGUAUUAUUUUAGUUCAAGUCUUAUAUUACUGACUAGUUUGUUAAUUCUACUUGGCAAUGUCAGUUCAAGUGUGAAAUGGGUCAUUUUAAAAAUUAUUUUUAAAAUACUUUUAUUAGAUCGCUUCCUAUUGCGUAGACUACAUCAAACUGGUAAUAAAUGGAUACAUUCACCGGAUAUAUCUGACUGGUUGUACAAACCUGAACACGUCGCAGUGUUAUGGACUUGUUUAUUGUUUUGGUGGAUUGUAUUUCUAGUAUUUCGUUUCAAAGCAAUUAUUCAUCUGCGUCCUAAUUGUUCAUUAUGGGAAAAAUGUCAAUAUUAUGCCCCAAUGAUCAGUGGAGCUUUCAUAGUUCUCAACCAAUUAUUAUAUAGAGCAGCAGUAUCAGAUUACGAACAUGAAGAUGCUAUACAAUCAGCUCGAAUUGUUUACUUGUUAUGCUUAAUAGAUGCAUUUUGUUUGUAUAAAUCAAGAAGUAUACGUUUAAAUAAAAAUGCUAAUCGUUUAUUUGGUCAAACAUCAGCAAAUUCAUCAAAAACAUUUUGGGAUUCAAUUGUUCAUCCGUUAUCUACAUUAAAUAUACUUGUGUGUUUACUUGGUAAACCUGUGAUUACAAUUCUAUGGCUUAGCAUAUGGAUUAAAGAAGCGUUAACAUCCGAAAUGAUACAAGUAAUAUUUCAUUAUUCGGGUAUUCAUUCAUCGCAUAAUACAUUUCGUUAUAUUUUGCCAUUCUGUUCAUGGCUUAUCUACUGGACUCAAGGCUGGGUGAGCUUUUUCCAACAAGGGAAUUCCUUGAGCUUUUCUACCAUCGAUCUAUCUGCAGCGUAUGUUGGUCUUCGAUAUCAUCAACCAAUAAUAGCCGGUCUACUUUUAGCCUUUUACACUUACUCUGGACCAUUAAUAUGGCAGUUAGCCUAUUUUUGUCGAUUUGUUUUAUCUAGAUAUAAACAUUUUGGUGAAAAGUUUAAUUGUCUUGUAUUAGGUUUUAUUGUAUUACCUAUUACGUUAUGUGGCACAUUUUGUUUCUUUCUACAAUCACAUUUAUUUAUUUGGACAGUUUUUGCACCGAAGAUGUUGUAUUCUGCUGUAUUAUAUUUAACUAUGGUUCCUGUUUUAUGUAUUUGGUCUGUGAUAACCCCAUAAAUGUAAUUUUAAGCAAAAAUGUAUGAAUAUAUGUGGUUUUAUUUC